AUGGCCUCUGAAAAGUCCAUAUACACCUACGAAGGCCUCACAGGAUGGAGGAGUCUACGUCCCCUACGUCUCUUCCGGGGUAUGUACUACGAUGUCAAACGCCGUCUGCCCUACUACCCCAGCGACAUCUAUGAUGCCUUCACCUAUCGGACCAUAGCUAGUAUAAUCCGGAUGUACUUUGUCAACGUACUCCCGGCCAUUGCAUACACACUUGACAUGUACCGCCGAACAGGACAGUUUUUCGGGAUUAAUGAAUCGCUAUUUUCGUCAGCUAUGGCAGCUAUGAUAUUCAGCAUUUUCGCAGCUCAGCCAUUGACUAUUGUGGGCAUCACGGGUUUGAUAUCAUUGUUCAACUAUACUAUCUUCGAUAUAGUGACGCGGUAUGAGCCUGCCAUAUAUGCAAACUUCAUGUGCUGGACCGCCAUCUGGGGUGCCAUCUUUCAUUGGAUCGUGGCUGUUUGCAAUCUAUGUGACUAUAUGCGUUAUGUCACCGACUUCUCGUCCGAGUCGUUUGGCAUGUAUGUCGGGAUUAUUUAUCUGAUAAAAGGAGUAGAAGAGCUUGUCAACGAAUUCAGCGAAGUAGACCGCACAGCCGGCUUCAUGAGCUGCAUGAUCGCCAUUCUCUACUUCCUAACUGUCUACUCGCUCGAACUACUAGGGAAAAGCACCGUCUUCAAGCCCAUGAUCCGAACCAUACUCGCGGACUAUGCAUAUGUCUUUGCUACUAUCUUUUGGGUAGGGUUCUCGCAUAUCCCGGGUAAUCUCAAGGCCGCGAAUAUCUCUAGAGUACCCAUCUCAAAGGCAUUCUACCCAACCCAGCCGCGUGGCUGGUUGAUCCACUUCUGGGAACUCGAUGUGAAAUGGGUAUUUGCUGCGUUGCCAUUCGGGUUUCUACUCAUGCUCCUCUUCUACUACGAUCACAACGUCAGCAGCCUAACAGCCCAAGCCCGCCAAUUCCCUCUUAAAAAACCUGCCGGCUUUCACUGGGACUUCUUCCUCCUCGGCAUCACCACCUUCCUCGCCGGCAUAACCGGUGUUCCCAUGCCCAACGGCCUUGUUCCCCAAGCCCCCGUGCACACAGACUCGCUCACAAACUACCAAACAGAGCUCGACAUCGACUCAACGGCUGAAGGCGAGGGUGCAGAGAUUCGGAGGCCCGUUAUCAAACCUGUUAACGUUGUCGAGCAGCGUGUUUCGCACUUUGUAAUGGGCCUGGGGAUUAUUGGGACAAUGACAGGGCCGUUGCUAAUUGUGCUGCAUACUAUGCCUGCGGCGGUUUUUGCGGGGGUCUUCUUUACGGUUGGGUGGGGGUCUGUUGGGGGUAAUGGGAUUAUCAAAAAGGCUAUUUUUCUACUGCUGGAGGAUCGGUUCGUGGCACGCGAUGAGCCGCUACGGAUUGUGAAACGGAGGAAGAUUACCCUUUGGAUCGCAUCUCAGGUAUUUGGGGUUGCGGCUUGUGUGGCUAUCUCGCAAACCAUCGCGGCAAUUGGGUUCCCGGUCCUUAUCAUCGCACUGAUUCCCUGGCGCGUGUGGAUUAUCCCUAAAUGGUUCAGUCAAGAGGAACUUGACGUCCUCGACGACUUGACCGCCAAUAACACCGCGGUGCUCGAGAGCAUGAGCGGCCCGCCCAAAUUCCCCGGCGAACGUCUUACACAUAUGGAGGAUAUCAAUCUCCAGCAAAGACAUACGGAGAAUCAAAAGGGAGCAGAGAGACAACGUGCUGCUGAUAUUCAUAGAUGA